AACCUUUACCUUCUUACCUCUCAACUCUGACCUCUCAUCUCUGACCCGCAGGUCAGAUUUCCUGCGCCGCCAUCUUGGACAAGCCGGAAAGUAAAGAAACCACAGGGGGAGGCUGUAAAGGUGCUGCAACCAUGGCAGCGGGUCCGUACAACUAUUCCUAUAUUUUCAAGUACAUCAUUAUCGGGGACAUGGGAGUGGGGAAAUCAUGUCUGCUGCAUCAAUUUACAGAGAAAAAGUUCAUGGCAGACUGCCCACACACCAUCGGUGUGGAGUUCGGAACCCGCAUCAUCGAGGUAUCAGGCCAGAAGAUCAAACUCCAGAUCUGGGACACAGCAGGCCAGGAGCGCUUCAGGGCGGUAACCCGGAGUUAUUACAGAGGUGCAGCAGGGGCCCUGAUGGUGUAUGACAUCACAAGACGAAGUACAUACAACCAUUUGAGCAGCUGGCUGACAGAUGCCAGGAACCUGACCAAUCCCAACACGGUUAUAUUUCUAAUUGGCAACAAAUGUGACCUUGAGGCACAGCGUGAUGUAACGUACGAGGAAGCCAAGCAGUUUGCGGAUGAAAACGGUUUGCUAUUCCUAGAGGCCAGUGCAAAAACUGGAGAAAAUGUUGAAGAGGCUUUCCUUGACACAGCAAGGAAGAUAUACCAGAAUAUUCAAGAUGGCAGCCUGGACCUGAACGCAGCGGAGUCAGGCGUCCAACACAAGCCGUCGUCACCCCGCGGCACACAGCUCAGCAACGACCAGCCCGCCAACAAGGAGGGGUGUGCCUGCUAGAACAGCCUCGCUCCCGGCCCAUGCUGCUUCUGGCACUCAGUCCCAGGGGUUCACUAGACCACAACUGGUGGAGGGGGGAGGGGGGCACACAAGUACAGUCAAAACUGCCCAAGAAGACCAUUCGGGGGAAAGAGACAAUCUGGUCUGUGUGAACAGGUGGAAGGAUAUCUCCAGUUCAAUUUUUUUUCCAUCCCACUCAUUGUUUGGGAGCCCAUGUUGUUGAUUUUCCUGCAUGAAUAUGUCAUUUUAAGCUGAUGAAAGUAUGUCCUAAACGUGUCAUUUUUGGGAUGGAUGGGGUGAAAUUAUUUUCUGUCCCAACAAGCAAAUUUCUGUCCUGGGAUGGAAGGAUGCAUCCUUUAGACAGCCCUGACAGGUGUUCAUUAUAAAAUAUUAAGGUACCACCAAAAAGUGGCCACAUUAGCCAGAUUUCUCUUAUGUAGAAGUGGUGAGUUUUACAAGUUUGACAAUGGCCAGACGGUCCUUAUGUAGAGGUGGUCUCUUGGACAGGUUUGACUGUACAAUAAGUAUUACGGAAUUCCCAAUUGGCAAACCUGUACCCAGUGAAAAUGAGUUUGAUGUACAUUUGUAUGAGUUGUGGAAUGCCAAUGAUUACUGAUUUUAAAUUUCAUUAAUGGUUUAAAGUCUGGGAAAAUACAAGUGAUUUGUUUAAAAGAAAAACUUAGGGAUUUUUUUAAAUGUCGGGGUCUCAAUGCACAUGUGACUUUUUGAGCAAAAUGAUGGGGGUCUCUUACCCUUGCAAGAGUAUAUCUGUAUAAUUGGUGAAACUAGACAUCAGACAUUUUUACACUUCCAGUUGAGAUUCAUGGACCAAAUGAUAACACCUUCUUUCUUUACUGGGAGGAAAGCAAUGGAAACACAAUCUCUGCUCUAGUAUAUUUUGAAGGAUUCCAUUUCCCCACAACUCCCUGACAACUCUUGUUGUCCUUUGGCAUUUUGGAAGAAUCCAUUGCUAAAAGGAUAUUCUAGAUCACUAAAAGAUGAGAAAUGAGUUAAAUUGAUCUCUGUCUGGUCAAGUUUGCACUGAAAUUCUAAAUUGAUAGACUUUGUGAAAGUCAACACACACUUGCUUUUUGCCUCUUGCUAGAUAUCACUUCCGAGUGACUUCUUUGAAUAAAUUAAGAUGUCACUCUGACCAAUUGCAAUGUAGCAAUAUUAUGGGAGAUACAUUAUAGUUCUAGUGGAUGCUCUUGAAUUUUGUGACAAAGGUUCUUAAGCAAAUCUAUAAUGCUGUGGUCUAGUGAACUUCCUUCCCGACAUUCAAUCUCAGAGAUCGCUGUACAACUUUACUCUUGAUUCGUUGCUGAGGAAUGUAACAUGUAAUAUUUAUCAGGAAAGGGGGGCUUGGUUAAUCUUAAAGCAUGGGCUGUGUGUUAGCUGAGUCCUGUGUCCUCACCACGCUCAGAAAAAUUGCAUAGGCCAUGUUAUGUCCGUAAUUAAUGCCAUCACAAUUUAAGGCCUCCAAUUUUUGCAAUUGAUUCUCCAACUUUUAUAUGUGAUUGAUUGUUAGAGAAGUCAAAUGCGAGUAUAAGCUUUGUCAGCUGGAUGAUAUAAUAUACUUUUUGUCUUUUUUUUCUUCUGCGGCAAAAUUGAUUGUUAAAAUUGGCAUGGCCAGUGUAUACCAUAAUUAUUUCAUAUACUAUGUGCCAUCCACCCUGUCCACCCCCACACCUAUAAUGUUCAGAACCAAAGCAUAAAAUUUCUGUUGGAAUUUCUGGGUAGGUUUUUAUUGAUUAAUCUGACAUUUUUGCAUACACUUAACUGUUAUGGAUAGGCACAAAAAUGGUUUGCUUUCAAGACACUUUUGAGUCAAAGUAUUCUCAACAUGCUUUGCUGUGUUCACCCCCUUUUUGUAGAAUCAGACUGUCUCUUAGGGGGCUGUCAUACCUUUGUGUAUCCUUUUUUGUAUGAGUUUUACAUGUAUAUUGAUGUUUUUUCAUUCACAGUCGUUCACAUAUUAAAUAUGCUCUUUAUGCACAUCUCAAUCGUUUACAUAAGCUUGCGGAAAACAAUUGAGAUGCUUCUGAAGUGCGUAUUUUGCAUGAGACUUCAUAUGAAAAAAUAUCUAUCAGGCAACUCAUCCAAAAUGAAAAUACGCAAAAGUACAACAGCGCCUUUGACGUCGUGGAAACCAAUGAUUUUGAUAUUAUUAAAAUUCUGCCCGAGAUAUACAAUGUAUGUCCAAAGUGUGGAAGGUGGGAGGGAAGGCAUUUUUAACUGUCCUGUUUUGUCUCUCUAUUGAAUGAUGAAAGGUCCAUGCUAUUCCAUGUGCUGCAGCCAAUUUUGCAAUGCCUCUGGUGUUUGCUAUUGUAUCAAGCCAUAACAGAGUAACAUUCAAUCCAGAAUUACCCUUUUUUGGUGCUCCUUGCCAAGUUUGGUAAUUUCAAAACUAAAACAGAUUAAGAUAUGUCCUUUAUGAGCAAUGUUAGCAUUUUUGUCCACUCCUUUCAUGUCAGACUGUUUUUGUAGUGAAAAAUGGAGAACGACAAAAGUUGAAUUGACAACAGGGUUGCUUGUAGAGUUUGUGCCAGAGACAUUGCACCUUCAAUCUCAUUUUGCAAUAUUGUGGAAAGCUAUGUACUAGAACAUUGUGUUUUCCAUCCCAAUGCUUUCAUUUCUUCGUAUAUUUGUUCAGGGAGGAAAUUUUUCAAGACAUGGCCUGACCAAAAUUGUUGUGCCAGUGAGUCACACACUGAAUCUGAGUGUACAAAUGUAGUUGACAUGUAUCUCUACUGGAAAGUGUAGAACAAUCCCGGGGAGUGCUGCACUAUGGGAUAGCUGGGCCAAAUAAGGUAUGGUCAUGAGGCUGGGAAGUGUGACUUUAACGACGUUCCUGUCCAAGUUUGUAAAUAGAAUUACUAUCGAGCAUUUACUAUAUGGUCAAGGUCGAUGUUGGGUAAAAUUAUAUGUACUGAUUUAGCAUUGAUAUUAAAGGUUCUUUUGGAACACACUGCUCUUGAUGUAAGCAGCUCAGCGUUUGUGGCAAGCUUGUAGCUCUCACAUGUACGUCAGCACUGAAGGGUGGGAUGGUUAAUGGCUUCUGGUUAGGAUGAAGAAUUGAACAAUUUUUGUACUUCUGCUGUUCACAUUAGCCUGGGUACCAUAGAUAGUUAGUUUUGCGGUUGCUCCCCUAUGUGCAGUCUCACCAGUGCGCAAGAAAAGCAAGCGUAAUACUAACUUAUACAUGUAUUAGCCUCUGUUGUAGCCCAUGUCAGACAUUGUUUUCUGAUAUCUGCUGGCAUUCUGAUGGCCAGGCAAGAUCAUGUCGUUGACAGUGUACUUGAUAGCUGUCAGAAAAACACAGAUAGUGGUUUAAAGAUGUUUGUCAUGAGCUGCAACGGAAGCUAAACAAGGAUGAUACCCAGGCUAAGUCAAUGAAGGUUUGACAUCCAGCUGCAGGUAGUAAGAUAUGCCAAAAAGCAGUUAGUACUCAACCAACUGGAUACGAUUUUGGAAAUCGUCAGAUGUUUUAGACAGAUUAAUCUGGUGUUUUUCAGUGUCACUGGCGAAAGACAACAGAUGGCUGUCUGAAACGUCUGACCAUUUCCAAAAUCAUAUCCAGUUGCUUGAGUAACUGCUUUUUGGAUACCCAGGCUAGAUACAAAUGCCAACAAAAGCAACCCACUUUUUUCAUGUCUUGCCCACUCAGAUGGUCCAAGCAGCUCACAUCUUAUACCUUUUACCACAAGGUUUUAGAAAAAUGUAGUCAAUAGACAAUGUGCUCAGUACACAAAAUUGAAUGUAUCUAGCUAGUGAAAUGCUGGUAAUAUGCUCUUAAAGCCAGUUAUCUUUUACAUAUUCAGGAGUCAAUGAUAAUAAAUGUAGCAUUGGAGGGGUUGUCCUGGAUAUCUUGCAUAAAACAGUCAUGUUGGAAAUCUAUAAUAAAGUUACCAGAAAGCAACAA